GGAAGGCAUCCCUAUUGCCGGUGGUAAAAAUUUAAUCUAAAAUAUUAUACAUGUUAUUAAUAAAAAAUAUGUUAUGAUAUCACAAAAGAAUAUUAUUAUGAAACGAAUUUAAUUUAGCCUAGAUAGAUUAACGAAAAAACACACAGAAAUCACUUAACCUGUAAAAAAAUGGCUAUCGGAAAUGUAUCUGCCUUAGCUGCAGAAUUAGCUCGUGCAGUGGAAAUUACAAUGAGUUUAGAAGCAUCACAAGCAGCAAGACGUGAAGCUUAUGAUGCAUGUGAUAGAUUUAAAGAGACAUCACCGUUAUGUGCUGAAGUUGGUUUAUAUUUGGUUGCCAAUGUGAAUCAUUCGCCUGUUGCACGACAUUUUGGGUUGCAGUUAAUGGAACAUACUGUGAAAUAUCGAUGGAAUCAAAUCUCACAAACGGAGAAAAUAUUUAUUAAGGAAAAUGCCAUGAAAUUAGUUGCAUGCGGAAAUGUUGGCGAUGAACCCCAUAUGAAAGAUGCCCUCAGUCGAGUUGUUGUAGAAAUGGUAAAACGUGAAUGGCCUCAACAGUGGCCUAGUCUAUUGGACGAAUUAAGUAUCGCAUGCAAUCGUGGAACUGCACAGACUGAAUUAGUAUUACUGGUGUUUUUAAGACUAGUUGAAGAUGUGGCUUUACUACAGACCUUAGAAUCGAAUCAAAGGCGAAAGGAUAUUUAUCAAGCGCUUACAACGCAUAUGUCAGAAAUAUUCGCCUUUUUUCUACGUUUAAUCGAAUUACAUGUAAGUCAAUUUAGAGUUAAUACGGAUGGUGGAAACGUGGCUUUAGCGCAAUCCCAUGGUCGAGUUGUACAGGUUGUCCUCGUUACCUUAACCGGCUUCGUAGAAUGGGUUUCGAUUUCACAUAUAAUGUCAAAUGGGGGCCGACUACUAGAAAUAUUAUGCAUUUUAUUAAAUGACAAUGCAUUUAAAAAUUCAGCAGCUGAAUGUUUGGUACAAAUUGUAAAUCGUAAGGGAAAACCUGAAGAACGGAAACCAUUAUUGAUAUUAUUCAAUGAUGAUGCAGCACGAUGUAUAUUGGCAGCCGUACAGACCGAACGAUUAAAUUUUGAUGAACAACAUUAUUUAUUCUUGAAGAAAUUAGUUCAAGUUUUAAAUGGUCUAGCAUCACAAUUAUGCUAUUUAUGGGGACGAGAUUAUGGAAUACAAAGUCGACCAGCAAAUUUUCAAUUAUUUUUAGACACUAUUCUAUGUUUUUCACGACAUCCAAGUUUAACUUUAGUACAUUUAGCAAAUCCAAUAUGGGCAGCUUUAAUGAAACAAGACUUAAUAGCACGUGACACGGUAUUUUUAUCCUACAUACCCUUAUGGUUAGAAUAUACAGCUCCAAAGGUAAUAAAAAUUCCUUAUCCAACCGGACGAAAUACUGGACACAGUAUUUAUGACACAGCCACAUAUAUACGAUACGAUUAUGAUAGUGAAGAGGAAUAUAUCAGCUUUUUUAAUCGGUGUAAAGCUGAUAUUGCAGAAACAUUUCGUCAAGCUACAAUUAUCGCCCCAUUAGUGACAUUCAGUUACGUGGAACAAUGGCUAAUAAAAUGUUUACAACAGCCGGCACAAUUUACAUCGGGUUUGGGUAUCCACGAUCCAAUAUGUUUAGAAUGGGAAGCAUGUUCACAGAUUUUGGAUUCAGUUCUUGGAAAAAUAUUACAAGCUACAGAACGCCCAUCAAUUGCUUCAGGGCUAAAACUGUUGGAAAUGUGUUUAAAUUAUGAGCCUUCAGACCCACUUCUCUUAUCAACUCUACUGACUUGCAUAUCAGCGUUAUUCGUAUUCUUAAGUAUGUCCACUGGGCAAAUGACGUCAACUGGUACAUGCAUGGCAAUAUCCGGGGCGAAUUUAUUACCUCGUGUGCUGGAUAAAAUAUUUUCUACUUUACUGUUUUCUCCUGAUGGACAAUCGAAAGAUUCACGAUCACGUGCUGUGAAGAAUGUUCGACGGCAUGCUGCAUCGUUAAUGGUUAAAAUUGGACAAAAAUAUCCACUGUUAUUGUUACAAAUGUUUGAUCAAAUUCGUACGACUAUUAAUAAUUUAAAUCGACAAGAAGGUCCGGCUCAAUUGAGUAUGUUAGAAAAAGUUACUUUACAAGAAGCGUUACUACUUAUAUCAAAUCACUUUUGCGAUUACGAACGCCAAACAUUAUUCGUCGGUGAAGUGAUCGCUGAAGCACAUGCACAAUGGUUGACAAUAGCAAAUGCUGGAGCAUUUCAAAAUGCACGACAAUUUAUGCAUUUCGUGGGCUUAGAUCAACCACCAGUACAACCUGGUGUCAAUGAUAGUGUUGGACAAAAUCGUAGCCAAUUAGUAUAUUGUAUAAAUAUGGUACUGGGUGUAGUAAAUCGAUGUGCUUGGCCAGAUGACCCUGAACGUGCUCAACGUGGUGGAUUUGUAGUUGGACUUACUGAAUCGGGUAAUCCUGUGUGUAGGAAUCCAGCAACACCUCAUGUAGUCCCAUUAUUACCACACAUACUAUCAUUGAUGCGUGUUUUUAAUGAAUUAUGGAAUCGGGAGGCACAACUACAACUCUCAGCAGGAUAUCAAGGUGCACUUGGUAUGCUUGAUGUGGAACGUACAAAUUUAUUGGGCCUAAUUGGAUACGUACCACCAACACCAGACAGUUUUGAUCAUCCAAGCAAACCACAUAAUCCUUUAGAAAGAAUGCAAAACUUUUUAACUGGUAUCCAUGAUUCGUGUUAUCAUAUUUUAGGAUCGGCAAGUUUAUCAUUGGGACGAGAUUUAUAUCAAUUACCUGGUUUAGGACCUGCUAUUGUUGAGAGUGUUUUAGCUAGUUUAGAAGAAGUACCCGAUUAUCGGCUACGAGCAUUAAUUCGAGUAUUUUUAAAAUCAUUUAUUUACUCAUGUCCGCCAGCAUUCUAUGAGAGUGUUGUUUUACCGAUUGCCGAACAUAUUUUCCCGUUUAUGACUGGUCGUUUAAUGACAAAAUGGCCAAAAUUAUCACCAGAUUGUGCAAGUCCAAAUGAUAACGAAGAAACAAAUGAUACUCAAGAAGUAUUAGAAGAUAUUCUAAUUAGAGCGUUAACACGAGAAUAUAUUGAUGUAUUUCGUGUUGCAUUAAUUGGUGGUAGUUUACCAGCAAAUAAUAUGAUGGAAAUGGAAGAUUCAUCCAUGGAUACACCAUUAACAUCACGUAAUACUGUUAUGACUGAAGUGAUCUCCGAUUUAGGGAAUAUACUUUUACGAAAUGAAAAGACUUGUGUACAUAUAGUUUUAACAAUUUUGGGUGCUAUAUCUUGCAACGACAGUAUCGCAUCUUAUAAGGCAACACAAUUAGUAACACCAGUAAUACGAUUUAUAGUAGACAGUAAUUCAUUAACAGAUGAAAUGGCCGCCCAAGUAAUGGGUCAUAUGUUACGUGCACUAGCAUUACAUGGACAACAUCAGACGAAUCAAGGUUGUUUACUAUCAUUUGGUGCACAAUUAUAUGAAUUAUUACGUCCAAAAUAUCCAAGUGUUGUGCAUAUAAUGCAACAAAUACCGAACGUUAAUACAACAGAUUUACAGAAACUAGAUGAAAAAAUUGCUGCUGGCAGUACUAAAGGGAAUAAAGUGGAUAAAACUAAAAAAGAAUUAUUUAGAAAAUUAACAAAUUCAUUAAUUGGACGAAGUAUUGGACAAUUAUUUAAAAGAGAAGUGAAAAUUGAAAAUUUACCACAAUUGGUAUUAGCAAGUCGACCUAAAACUGCACCCGUUGACGCUCCCUUACUAAAUUCAUUUUUCUAACAUACAUAAAACAAAUUUAAUUGUUUAACAAA